UAUACCUUCCUAGAGGUUGGCAAUUCGGUACUUCACGCGGGUCCGAAGUAAUAUAUGCCAAGUAGUCACAUUACAUAUUUAGAUAUAUUCAAAGGUCCAGUUAGACGACCUAAGUUACAAAUCUCCUUCGGACUUCGAUAUAAUUUAAUAAUGUACGGUGCUCCGGACCUCGCGCUCGCGUGUCGAUGGAUGCCGAUGUAACAGCAUGAACUUAAAAUGCGCCGUCAACAUAUUCCCCUUUCUGGUACUACGAUGUCCGAUACAUUUCGGUGUCUCUCCAACAUGGUCCGAAACCUGCCCUUGGGGUUGGAACUGUGUGCGCCCACAGAAGGGAUCAAGACAGACGCCUCUUAUAUAUAGCAAACGUCCACCCUUUGGAGUUGUCUAGACUGUCUUCAUUUCUCCAACAUCUCAUCCUCACAAGCCCUUUUAGAAGCCUACCCUCAUACCGUCUUUAUAACGACUAUACCCUCACUUUAUAUCAACUAGCCCCAAUAUUCAACAUGCCUAGCGCUACCAACCAAACGAGCAAGUACGAUGCUAUCCCGGGCCCCCUUGGUCUUGCAUCUGCCUCUCUCGAGGGCAAGGUAGCUCUCGUUACCGGUGCUGGACGCGGUAUUGGUCGGGAGAUGGCUCUUGAACUUGGACGCCGCGGCGCCAAGGUCAUUGUGAACUACGCCAACAGCACGCAGUCAGCUGAGGAGGUCGUGCAGGCCAUCAAGAAGGGUGGCUCCGAUGCCGUAUCGAUUAAGGCCAACGUGUCCGACGUGGACCAAAUCGUGCAACUUUUCGACCAAGCCGUCAAGGUCUGGGGUAAGCUCAACAUUGUAUGCUCCAACAGCGGUGUCGUAUCGUUCGGUCAUGUCAAGGAUGUCACUCCGGAAGAGUUCGACCGUGUAUUCACUGUCAACACUCGAGGACAGUUCUUCGUCGCGCGCGAAGCCCACAAGCACCUCGAGGUUGGCGGUCGCCUCAUCCUGAUGGGCAGCAUCACGGGUCAGGCCAAGGGCGUCCCGAAGCACGCCGUUUACUCCGGUAGCAAGGGUGCCAUCGAGACUUUCGUCCGCUGCAUGGCCGUCGACUUUGGCGACAAGAAGAUCACCGUCAACGCCAUCGCGCCCGGUGGUAUCAAGACCGAUAUGUACCAAGCUGUAUGCCGAGAGUACAUCCCUGGUGGUGACAAGCUGAGCGACCCGGAGGUUGACGAGUUCGCCGCCACGUGGUCGCCUCUUGGCCGUGUUGGCCUUCCCAUCGAUAUCGCCCGCGUUGUCUGCUUCUUGGCAUCCCAAGACGGCGAGUGGGUAAACGGAAAGGUCAUCGGUAUCGACGGCCAUGCCAUGAUGUAAAUAAGAUGCUACUUUGUUGUCGCAUGUCACAUACACAUAUCUCCUUAGCCGGCACUCAACCGCCAACCGCAGAUACGUACGGCCUAACGCAUCACUACUAUGUAUCAUCGAAGGAAGCUACUGCACGUCCUAGGUGCAAAUCUUUCACCGAAAGGCUGGCAGCGGUAAGGCACGGCAUGUCUUGUCUUGUCAGGUGGUUAUUACAUGGUCAUAAACAUACAUACGGUUGGAUGGAUGUAAGCUAAAUGGGAUUUCUCAGGAGUACCAUAUAGAGUGAAAAAUACCUAUACACUACGGAUUGACUA